GCUCUUAGCUGUCAUGAUCAGCUGUUAUUCUUUGCAAUUUCAGUAAAUAAACACGCCUGCACGGAAACUGCUAAUUUUUCUUCGAGCGUGCCGUAAAACAAAACUUAAGUAUUAUUUUACAGCCGUAAGUAAAAUACCCGCAAGUAUUACCACAAGCAAACAUGCGAAGGCGUGCCGGUGUUGGUGCCAUCCAGAAGCAGCGGCUCGAGGCCGAAAAGUACAAGGACAAGGGUACCGAGCUGCAGGACUCACAGUUCGAACAGAUGGUGAAACAGAUGGAAGCGUUGAAGGAAAACUUGGAAGAGUUCGCGUCCAAGCAUAGGAACGAGAUCAAGAAGAAUCCACAGUUCCGACGCCAGUUUCAGGAAAUGUGUGCAGCUAUCGGCGUGGAUCCGCUGGCAUCAGCCAAAGGGUUCUGGAGCGUUCUCGGUAUGGGAGAUUUCUUCUACGAGCUCAGUGUGCAGGUGGUGGAAGUUUGUCUGGCACACAAUCACGUCACAGGUGGUCUCAUGGAUUUGGACGAAUUGCGAAACCGACUAGUAGCGGCUAGGGGUAAGAGCCAAAUCCAUCAGGAAAUCACCACCGAGGACAUACUGAUGGCAGCGAAAAAACUGAAAAUAUUUGGCAAUGGCUUCUCCGUGUACUCGGUCGGGAAGAAUCGCUACAUGGUGCAGUCGAUACCCGGUGAGCUGAGCCUACAGGAAACGACGGUUUUAAGCGUGGCCACGAAUCAAGGACAAGGUUUCGUGACCGUUGCAUCGCUCAUGAAUGAUUUAGGAUGGACACAGGCAAGAGCCGAACAGGCAGUGGAGAAAACGCUUGGCGAAGGUAUGGCUUGGCUAGAUACGCAAGGUGAUGAGAAAUCCUACUGGUUUCCAAGUCUGUUCCCAGGACGUUUAACGACGAAAGCUUGAUUUCCAUACCAAAACAUAACUAGUAAAAGGGCGAAAGAUUUAAACGAUAUUUCAAAUGGCACUCUGAAAGGUCUUAUUAGUGCAGUGCUUGUGCAGAGCCACUAUCUCGUAAUCGGUUUUAAUAUUUAAAUUAAAGCAUUUUUUACAAUCCCCUUGUUUACCUAUUUUAUGAAAUUGCCCGAAAUUAUAUUUAAAUUAUAGUUUGUUGCUCUCAAAGCUGUCAUCGAAAUUUUCUUUUCGUUCACAUGAAAAAUCUCUUCGAAUCAGGGAUGAACAAGCUAUCCGAGAGCCGGUUGAUGGUGUUUUUGAAGUCACGGGCCGAUUGCCUUUUUAUUCAGUAUGAAAAUAAAUUUAAAUUUGAUA